UUAACUUGAAGGACAGUACGCCACAUGUCCACACACCUUUUUCUCACGCGACGGUGUUGAUCGUACAGCCUUCUCAUUUUCCAAUUCGACCAUCAUGUCGUCAGCUAUUUCAUCGUCAUCAUGGCGUCAUGCCGUGCUCACUCUUCUGAUGCUCGUGCCUUUUACGUCUGCAGCCAACAUCACCAUUCCCGGCAACAGCACAUUUGACAACCAAAUCAACAAAAUCCUCCACUGGGACGGCACCCGCGAGAGCCUUGGCGUCGGUCCCGACGUCAUUGCCGCGCUCGCUAUCGCCGCCGGGUUCACCAUCGCCUUCUUUGGCUACAAACUCAUUCGCCCGGCCAUGUUCGUUGCUGGCUUUGCCAUUGGCUCCGUCUUGUGUUUUGUCGCGUGCGAAAAGAUCUUUCGCGAAAAGUCGUACGUGGAGGCGGCGUGCUGGGUGGCGUUUGCUCUCGGCGGUUUGAUCGUUGGAGCGUUGGUCGUGUGGCUGUACAAAGUCGGCAUUUUCCUCGUCGGCGCGUUUGCUGGCUUGUUGCUGGCUACGCAGCUCCACACAUCGUUUGGCCAUGCUAUCUACCCGUCAGAACCUCAAAUCGUACUGAUCGUCCUCUUGGUCAUCUGUGGCCUUGCAUGUGGAGUCGUGGCUGUGGUGAUUGAACGGCCGUCGUUGAUCAUCGCCACAUCGUGGGCGGGCGCCGUGACGGGGGUAUGGGGCAUCGGGUUCUUUGCAGGGAACUACCCCAAUGCUGCCAACUUGAAGCAACACGUGGACGCGAAUGGCGCCUGGCACGUGAAUAUCCCUGUGGAAUGGUGGGGCUACUUGGUUGCCUCGGUCGUGCUGGCGCUGCUCGGCAUGUACGUCCAAUUCCGCCGCCACCCAGUCACCAGUCAAAAUAAUGGCCCAGUGGUUGUGACCUCCCAACAACCUGUGACGUACGUCGUCGCGUCCACUCCCACCCAAGGCAACCCCAUUCGCCACGUGUAGAUCGAUUACUAUUUCUAGAACUAGCGCUAUCCUAUCACUCUACUAUAACUUACUAGUAACAUUAUCUUGAUAUUUUGUUUGUCGA